GCGCAGACGGAGCGGCCGCGGCGGCGCCAUUUUGCGGCGGUGCGGGAGGCGCGGGCGGGAGGCGGCGGUGGUGGUGGUGCCGGUAAUAGUGGCAGUAGCGGUAACGGCGGCGGUAACAGCGGCCGUGGGUGUUGUUGCUGUUAAUCGGGACUAGCGUCCCCCGUUCGCCCCAGCCCCGUGGCCAGGACUCUGCCGACAUGAGCGACGUGGAGGAGAACAACUUCGAGGGGAGGGAGUCUCGCUCCCAGUCAAAAUCUCCAGCUGGGAGUCCUGCUCGUGUAAAAUCAGAGAGCAGGUCAGGAUCUCGCAGUCCGUCGAGGGCUUCCAAACAUUCUGAAUCGCACUCUAGGUCAAGAUCAAAAUCAAGAUCCAGGUCCAGAAGACAUUCGCACAGACGUUACACUCGUUCCAGAUCCCACUCGCAUUCCCACAGGAGGCGCUCCCGAAGCAGAUCAUACACACCAGAGUACCGCCGUCGAAGGAGCCGUAGUCACUCUCCCAUGUCCAACAGGAGAAGGCACACUGGCAGCAGAGCUAAUCCAGAUCCUAAUACCUGUCUCGGAGUGUUUGGUCUCAGUUUGUACACUACUGAGAGAGAUUUACGUGAAGUCUUCUCCCGUUACGGACCUUUGACUGGUGUCAAUGUGGUUUAUGAUCAACGGACUGGACGAUCAAGAGGAUUUGCUUUCGUUUAUUUUGAGAGGAUUGAUGAUUCUAAAGAGGCAAUGGAGCAUGCAAAUGGAAUGGAGCUGGAUGGCAGGAGGAUUCGAGUGGAUUAUUCAAUCACCAAGAGAGCACAUACACCCACCCCAGGCAUCUACAUGGGCAGGCCAACACACAGUGGAGGAGGUGGUGGCGGUGGAGCAGGUCGUCGUCGGGACUCAUAUUAUGACAGGGGUUAUGACAGAGGCUAUGACAGAUAUGAAGAAUACGACUACAGAUACAGGAGACGAUCACCAUCGCCUUAUUAUAGUCGAUACCGAUCGCGAUCAAGAUCCCGUUCCUAUAGUCCAAGGCGCUACUGAAGAUCAGAAGAGUUACAGUUGAGGACUUGAUUUUUAGAUACAAAGUUCAGAUCUUUAGCAUCCCUACUGCUUUCCCUUCCAUCUUCCCUUUCUUGUCCUCCCAGCUCUUUCACAAGUCUUUGGUUCAUUUAGAAUAUACAUAUUUUCAGUUGAAGUAUUCCUAUUUUCCAUCCCUUCUUAUUGUAAUACUCUUAAAUAUUGUAAUUGUUGUAGUUUUUGUGUAGUAAAACUUCUUGAGCAAAAUAAAAUAGAAAACCCCAAAGUGCUGAUACAUUUUGGAAGUCAUUCCUAUUUCGUUUUUAAAACGGUUGGACUCCUAACUAAUCAGAAGAGAGCAUUGAUAUUUUUAAAGCUUGCAUGUCAUAUGUAGUAUACACACUCGAAUACUUUAACAUAAACCUGCAUUUCCAAGUAACUUGUUAAUCUUUCUGUUAAAAUGUUUACCUAUUACUUUGAUAAACAAGUAAUGACUUUGAGCCUUUUCUGUAAUGAUAAAUUUGCUUAGAUAGUCAUGAACCAGAGGAAUUUUUUUUUUUUUUUUUUUUUUUUUUUUUUUUUUUUUUUUUUUUUUUUUUGUCAAGUAGUUGCUUUGAGAGUAGACUAUUUGAGCUAGAUCAGAAUUUGGUAUUUGACUGACUGGGAGAAUAGAUCCUUGUACACUCAAAAUUAAGGCUAUGUGUUUUAUAGAAAAAAGUUUCUGGAUUGCUACACAGUGGAUAGCAGUUGAAAUUAAAAUUGUUUCAUUCCUGUGGUCUUUGUGGUACUUGGUUGAAUAUUUUCCCUUAAUUGGUGCAGGAGAAAAAUAUUUAUUGAACAUAGCAAUUAGUUAUAUAAUUUGCUGUUCAUGAAAGAAAAAAUUGCCAACUUUUGGUAUUGAAAUAAUGAUGGAGCAAGUUUUGUUUCCAGUCCUUUUUGAACUUUUGGAAGUAUGGAUGGAAAAACUUCAGCCUACAUGUAAACCUUUUUUUCCCCUCAAUAAAAGUUAAGUCCACUGAU